CUUCUACAUCCAGGAAUCCUGGACUGAGGGCCCCACCGCCAGGACCCAUUAUCUUGCCCAGGCAAACUGCCAAAUGGGCGGCUGUCGGUCUACUGUCUCCAUCCUCAUCCCACAGGGACAAGCUUCGUGUGGCUAUCGAGGCGUCGGCCACCUCCCUGCCUCCCUCCAGCGACAAAUCACGUCACUGGCCCAGGUAGCUCUCCAGAACCGCCGGGCCCUUGACCCGCUUUCAGCAGAAAAGGGAGGUACCUGUCUGUUUCUUCAGGAGCAGGGCUGCCAUCGCAUCAGUGAAACGGGCCUUGUGGCAGAAGACGUCCACGCUCUCUACCGCCUGCAAGAGGGCCUCGGCAAGCAGCAGAAUGCCACACUGCCAUCAGGAAGUAGCCAGCAAGAAGCCGCGUCCUGUAUUACCAAAACUGUCGGAAAGUAAGGCCGGUUGCU